AAUGAGAAUAGCCGUAGUAAUUUUAGUUUUGUUCUCCGUUGCGUUUGGGGCGCAAGGUCCUAUUAGAGAAAAAGAUAUCAUCCCAAUAAUCAGUCAAGAUAGACAGUUUAACUUCGAUGGAACGUUCCAUUCGUCAUACAAAACUGGAAAUGGUAUCACUGUAGAAGAGCAAGGAGUUUUAAAAAACGCAGGUAACAAAGAUGCAGAAACUGAAGAAGUUCAGGGAAUUUUUGAUUACACCGCACCGGAUGGUACACCGAUACAUUUAGUUUACAUAGCUAACGAAAACGGUUUUCAACCUCAAGGAGCUCAUUUGCCAGUGGCGCCUGUAGAUGAAAACACACCUCCACCAAUUCCUUUAGCUAUAUUGAAGUCAUUAGAAUACAAUGCUGCACAUCCGGAAGAAAAUGAUGGAAUUGUAGGGAAAUCAACCGGUCGGAAAAAGUUCUGA